AUGAAUAGGACAUUGUUCGCUGUGAGACAGUUUGUAUCAGUGAAACGUAGUUUGAGUUAUUCUGCUGCGUGUUGUCAGGUGAUUAGCAACCCCGAGGAAAUUGCAAGACUUUACAGAGAGCUCAGCCUGUUCCCCUCCUUGGCCAGGGCAGAUGUGGGACCUGUUAUCACCUCUCAGUAUGGAGGCAAAUACAGCAACAUCUACACAGAAUGGAGCCAGCGUGAUCUGGAGAGGAAUGAGAAUGUCAAGUUUUGUCGGCAGUACAUUGUAUUUCACGAUGACAAGUCCGUGGUCUUCUCUGGAGCCUCAGGGAACUGCACUGAGAUCAAAGGAGAGUUACUAAGUAAAGAUGCCCCUUCAGGAGACAUGAAGGCUGUCGUCAGAGAGUGCACAAUCAAAGGAGAGGAAAAACAGUUUCUGGAGAUCUGGAGUAAAAACAUCAAGAUGAAGAGCAUCAAUCUAACAGCCUUAAAGAAGCAUGGCAAAGUUUAUGAAGAUGAGCAGUUUGGCUGCCUGGUUUGGUCCCAUUCUGAGACCCAUCUCCUGUAUGUGGCAGAGAGAAAGAGACCCAAGGCAGAGUCCUUCUUCCAGACUGAAUCACCGGAGUUGUCUUCUGUCGGGGAUGAUGACGAGACUAUGAGAGUUGACAGAAAGGAAGCCGUCAAAGGGGAGCAGUUUGUCUUCCAUGAGGACUGGGGAGAGGCACUAGUUAGUAAGAGCUCUCCAGUGCUUUGUGUUAUGGACAUUGAGGGUGAUAACGUCUCUGUGUUGGAGGGAGUGCCUGAAAAUAUCUCACCAGGACAGGCAUUUUGGGCUCCAGGUGACACAGGCGUGGUGUUUGUGGGCUGGUGGCAUGAGCCUUUUAGACUUGGCCUAAAGUACUGUCCCAACAGGAGGUCCUCUUUAUUCUAUGUGGAUCUUACUGGUGGGAAAUGUGAACAGCUGUCAUCAGGCACCAGCGCAGUGUGCUCCCCCAGGCUGAGCCCAGACCAUUGUCGGAUUGUCUACCUGGAGUGUUCUGUCUAUGGACCACACAUGCAGUGCAGCAGGCUGUGCAUGUAUGACUGGUAUACUAAGAAGACUUCAGUGGUGGUGGAUGUGGUGAAGCAACCAGGAGAGGAUGGCUUCACUGGUAUCUACAGCUCUCAGUUGUCCCCUCUAUGCUGGUCAGCUGAUAGUCAGCGUAUUAUCAUUUCUUGUCCUCAGCGCAGCCGGAAGGAUCUGUUGAUGGUGGAUAUAAGCACAGGGAGCGUCACCUCUCUGACUUCAAAGUCUGACAUUGGUAACUGGUGUCUGCUAAACAUACAGAGAGAUCUGAUGGUGGUCAGCUGUUCCUCUCCAAACUGCCCUCCAAGUCUGAGGGUCGGUUUCCUUCCAGCCAGGGACUCUCAAGAGGAAGUGGUCUGGGUUACUCUGGAAGACUCCCAGAUGUUGCCAGAUAUUGAUUGGCAGAUCUUGACUUUCACCCCUCCACCAGAUGAAGACAACAGUCAAUACCCUGGCCUUGAUUUUGAAGCUCUGCUGAUCAAACCAAAGGAGGUGAAGGAUGGAGUGAAGCUGCCUCUCAUUGUCACUCCUCAUGGGGGUCCUCACUCAGUGAUUGUAGCUGACUGGCUUCUGUCUUCUGCCGUGCUGUGCAGGAUGGGAUUUGGCAUAUUACUGGUGAACUAUCGUGGCUCUAUAGGGUACGGCCAGGACAGUAUCCUCUCAUUACCUGGCAAUGUUGGUACCCAGGAUGUCAAAGAUGUUCAAUUUGCGGUUGAAAGUGUUCUCAAAGCUGGCCAGUUUGACAUGCAGAAGGUGGCAGUCGCUGGGGGCUCCCACGGUGGUUUCCUGGCCUGUCAUCUGAUUGGCCAGUAUCCAGGCUUCUACAAGGCCUGCGUGGCUCGCAACCCUGUCAUCAAUUUGGCCUCGAUGAUCGGCAGCACAGACAUUCCAGACUGGUGCAUGGUUGAGGCUGGAUAUGACUACAGUACACAGUGUCUACCUGACCCUGCUGUUUGGGAACAGAUGUUGAACAAGUCCCCAAUUAAACAUGUCACAAAGGUACAGACACCAGUGCUGCUCACCUUGGGGGAAGAUGACAAGCGUGUGCCUAGCAAGCAAGGCAUUGAGUAUUACAGAUCUCUGAAAGCAAAGCAGGUCCCAGUUCGUUUGCUGUGGUAUCCAGGGAACAACCACUCCCUCUCCAAGGUGGAUGCUGAGUCUGAUGGAUUUAUGAACAUUGCUCUGUGGAUAAUUCAACACUUGUGUCAGUAACGGUGCUCUCAGAUAAAUAUGUGGUAGUGUGUUAAUGCUGUUGUCACUGCCAUCAAAGAUGGCAAAAUACUACUGCGUGUUAGGGGGUAUUCUGCUACUGUUUUCAGGACAGUGUGAGGUCCAAUCCAAAGCCAAAGUGCUCUCCAACCAGAACACGCCUUGUGUAACUGUACUUUACUUGUAAACUGCCUGUGGCUAUGAUAAUUUCAUAUAUGGUGCCACAGUGUCUUCCAAAAAGUGAAUGGGGACUAGUUUUAAUACAGUAUAUUCAUUCUUUGCACUACAUACACACAGAAAAUAAAGGGCUUUUCAGUGUGUUGUGUUUUGAAGUGUAUAUUAACAAAGGAAACUCAUUUAAUCACUCUUUUCUCUGCUCCUGUUGCUGCUUGAUUUAAAAAAAAAAAAGUCUACUCUUGCUUUUAUGGAGUUCAUGAUAUAGUGCACUUAAUAAAGUGAUGGUAAACUCUA